AUGCGUUCCACGUUUCUGAUGGGCGUGGACGACGGCAGCGAGGACCCCUUCAGCAGCGAAGCUGGAGGUUUCGAGAGUGAAGGCAAUGUCCAGACAUCGCCCACCGGGAAGAGCUCCUUGCGGCAAACCACGAUGCGGCAGACAACGAAAGGUUCCCUUGCCAACCGGAGUUUCGCGUCGGAGAAGCGUAGCUAUGUUUCCGAAGCGUCCUUGUCGCAAAGCAGUCCGUCGUUAAAGCGGUCUGCGACGUCUGGAGGUUUCGGAGAGAAGAAGGACACGCUGUUCUUCGGAACUCAGGUCGGAACCCUGCGAAUCCAGGACAUGAUUCUGGAUCGGGCGUACACCUUCCUGGACUACGUCCGAGGGGGCCUCGAGUUGCGCAUGAUGCUGGGAAUUGACUUCACUCGCAGCAAUAUGGACAAGCAGAACCCCGAUUCGCUCCACAGCCUAGUGGAUAUGGACCUUCCCACUUCCUAUGAGACUGCGAUCAUUGCCCUUGGGAGCGUGCUGAGGAGCUAUGAUACCACGGAUGAGUAUGCUGUCUACGGCUUCGGGGCGAGGAUCCCUCCCAGCCAUUCUGUGUGCUCGAACUGCUUCGCGCUGACGGGGGACUUCCUCCACCCACAGGUACAUGGAAUCGAUGGGAUUCUUCGAGCCUACCGCCGGUCACUCCAAGUGGUGCACAUGCAUGGUCCAAGCUGCCCUGGCGAUGUGCUCGAGCUGGGCAGCUACUACGCGAGGAACUACAUGCAGGAGCCGGAGAAGGAAGGAGGAGUGCUCCGCUCCAAUGUGCCACCUGACAUGAACUACUUCGUGCUCAUCGUCCUUACUGAUGGCGACAUCGUGAACGAGAAGCGAAUCGUCCAGGAGCUAAAGAAGAUGCAGGAGUACCCCAUCUCCGUAUUCUUCAUCGGCAUCGGUACGAGCAAGGAUUUCGAUUUCUGGCGUGAACUUCCCAAUGCCACGGCCCUCGACUUCGACAGGGAUUUCGAGAAGACCAAGAAGGACACUGUGAUGAGUAAGAAGGCUGUGCGCCGUGUUGCGCGGUUCGUCAAGUUCAGCGA